AUGGCCAUAAAAGGCCACAAGUUUCCCCCGAAUCUAAUUUUGAUCAUUUUCAAGCAGCUUGCACUACAAAGACUGGCAGCGAUCCACUCCAACAAAACACCAAUCCUCAACUUCUCCACAUCACUCAUCAUGACUACCAUCGAAAGUCUUCUGCAAAGGAACAAGUCCGCCUGUUCAUUCUUUGUGAUCUAA